AUGAAAGCUAUUCUUUCAAAUAAUAUCUUAAAUAAUUCAUUCAACGCUUUGGUAAAAAGCACUGAUAAAAUACUUAAUACAAGUGUAUUAACUUAUAACAUAAGAGGAACAACCCUUCUAGAAGUUUCGAGAGAAGCUGUACACAGAAUUUUUUACUGUUCAACUUUAUUUAGAUUAACUAAUGAGAAAAAAUACUUUGACAAGGCAUUUGCCGAGAUUAACUCAGUGUGUUCAUUUGAUAAUUGGCAUCCUGCCCAUUUUUUAGAUGUUGCCGAAAUGGUGACUGCUGUUUCCAUUGGAUAUGAUUGGCUUUAUAAUAAUCUAACAAAAGCCCAACGCGAAUCAAUACGUCAGUGCAUUAUUAAAAAUGCAAUUUACCCUUCAAUAAAUGAAUCAACAAAUUCUUUCUUAAAAAUGACCAAUAAUUGGAAUCAAGUAUGCAAUUCUGGUUUGACCCUUGCAGCAAUCGCCAUACGAGAUACAGAUAAAAACAUUUCUGAUUUCAUAAUAAACAGAUUGAUAAAUAAUCUAAAGAAUUCAAUGAACCAGUUCUCACCUGAUGGAAACCAUCCAGAGGGAUAUUUCUAUUGGAUUUAUGGCGCAACUUAUGCAGGCAUGAUGUUUGCUGCGCUAGAUCGGUUCUUUGGUCAUACAUACAAGAUGGCUGAAUGGCAUGGUUUCGCGGAGUCAGGAAAAUCUAUUCAAUAUAUGGUCGGAACUAGUGGUCUUAAUUUUAAUUAUUAUGAUACAGGCCAAAAAGGUGGAAUUAUCCCGAUUUUAUUUUGGUUUGCUUAUUAUUACAAAGAUCCAUCCUAUAUAUUCUAUGAUUAUUAUUCGAUGACGGAAUGGAAACAAACAUCAGGCAGUGAUUUCAUGCCUUUAAUUUUAAUAUAUGGAUCCAAACUAAAAUUGGAAAACAUUAAGCCUCCUGAGAAGAAAUUAUUUUAUACAAAGUGUACGACUCCUGUUAUACUAGUUAGAACCCGCUGGGACAGAUACAAUGGAAUGUCUUUUGGUUUUAAAGGCGGAUGUGCAAUGGAUCCACAUGCUCAUAUGGAUGCAGGAUCAUUUGUAUUUGAUGCUCUGGGUGUGAGAUGGGCUUCUGAUUUAGGCCAAUCAGAGUAUGCCAAACUAAGUUCUGCAGGAAUUGAUUUAUGGAACUUUAAACAAAAUUCUACUAGAUGGAAUGUGCAUAGAAUUGGACCAAUCGCUCAUAAUACUCUAACUAUUGAAGGAGAAAAACAUAAUGUUGAUGCAAGAUCAAACAUUACUGUUAUCUAUGAUUCUGAUGAUAAUAAAUUAGGAGGUCAGAUAGAUUUCACAGAUAACUUCUUCGGGAAGCUCAAGUCUGUGAUAAGAGAUGUUAUUUUGGUAAAUGAAAAAUACUUGGAAAUUACUGAUAAUAUUGUAGGUGGCAAAACAAGUGUGAACAUAGUUUGGACAAUGACAACAUAUGCCAAUAUUACGUUAACCGAUUCUAAAACAGUGACUCUAACAAUCGGAGAGAAGACUUGUGUAUUAAAUGUUAAAAGUCCGUCUGAUUGCAGAAUUUCAUUUGCAAACAAUAAGCCUCCCAAUAAUUAUGAAGAAUCUAAUGAAGGAACCCAAAGAAUAUUGAUAAAGAUGUCUGUUGCUGCUGGUGAAUCAAAGCAAAUCAAAAUAACUCUCACGCCUCAAUAA